GAGUUGUUGCUGCUACUGCAAGCCGGGGACGUCUGGUGUCUCGGCUGUGCUGUGCACGUGCUACUUUGCGGACAGAUCCCUGUCGUUGAUCCGGCAAAGAUGAGAGAGCAGGACCUCCCGCAUCUCACAGCGACCUCGCCCGGCGCCACGGAGUUUUGCCGAGCUUUGCUCCAUCCACAGCCCAGGAAGCGGCCCAGCGCA